AUGACCAGUACCCGCUGCCAUUCCACCACAGGUCCCAGAGCGGGUGCUCUGGUCAGGCCAGGCCUUGCCCUCCUCUUGUCCCUCAUCGCCCACAGCUCCAGCCCCCAGGCCAACAGCUCCCCCCAGGGAGGGCUGGAUGCCCAGGGAACUGACCCAUGGGCCAGGGCCAAUUCUGUCCUCCUGCAAGACUUCUGGUGCCAGCCAGCCAGCCAGCUACCCCGGGAGCAGCUCUCUGCACUGAUCAGGAACCUGGCCUCAAAGAGGGUGCCCCUCAAAGCCUGGCAGCUCAGUUGCCUGGCCAACCUUGCUGGGAGACUCGGCCUCCAGGACGACUUUGCCUUACAUCCACCUGACCUCCUGCUCUUCUAUAACCUGAGCCAGGUGAGGGCAGCUGACUGCUGGGCCUUCACCCAUCGUGCUACACAGGGGGACACAGAGCUGCUGGCCAACCUGCCAGACCAGAGGGCCGCCCUGCAGCACACAGCCUGGACCUGCUUGGGUGGGCCCCACCUGCAGCUCAGCGCCUCAGACCUUGGGCUUCUCGGGGCCCUGGUAUGUGACAUGGAUGCAGCCAGUAUCGUGACUGCAGACCCCAGUGUGCUACAGAACCUGCUGCGCUGCCCUCGGCUGACCAUCGCACAGAAGGCCGCUCUCAACACCCUACUGGCCAGUGGGAGGACUGUGCUUGGGCCUCCUAGCUCCUGGAACCUGGAGGGGUUGAAGGCCCUGGGACCCCUAGCCACCUAUGUCAUCCCCCACCUGUGGGAGCAGGUGCAGGAGGCUGUGGCCCUGGACUUCUUCCGGAGCAUGGUAGCCACCUGCCGGGCAGGGAGGCUUAGACAGAGUGAUGUCAGGCGUUUUGUCACCAACUUCCUGGAGUCCAUGUCUCCCUCCAUGUCCUCAAGACCCAAGCGGGGCACAGGGAGAUCCUGUAUUCGGGGCAACAUCACUGCAGCUACACUGCAGGAUGACCUCUUCCUGGUGCAUUAUGACUGCAUGCAGCUGGAGGCCUGUCUGGGCCGCCCGGUGCUCAGGGCCAACCUGAACCCUCUGCUGCAGCACCCACUGCCUGCUGAGUGCCAGCGUGUCAUCAAGGCCAAGCUGACCCAGAUCUACCCAGGCGGCAUUCCUGAGGACCAGCUGCGUCUCAUCACCUCGCUGGUCUACCUCUACUCCCACGCCGAGAUAAGCCAGUGGAACAUCACGUCCAGAGACACAGUCAUGGCUCUCCUGGCCUCUGACGUGGCUCUGGAGAACCAGACAGAGGCAGUCCUACAGAAGUUCCUGGACCACAAUGGCACGGUCACUGGCGCCCUGCUGGUGGCCAUCGGGGGCUCCCGCCUCUGCUGGAUGAGUCCCCGGCAAAUCCAGGCUAUCCGGCCCUCGGAGUUCCGGCUGGCUGGGGCUCUGGACAUCUCCUCCUGCCCUCAAAGCCGGAAAAACGUGCUCUUUGCCAAGGCCCGGGAGGCCUUCAGCAGCACCCGGAGCACAGACGAGUACUACCCCUACAUACGCCCCUACCUUGGUGGCGCCUCUGUGGAUGAGCUGCGACACCUGGCCCAGGCCAAUGUCUCCAUGGACAUCGAUACCUUCACCAACCUCAACCCCAGCGUGCUCCAGAGCCUGAGUGUCGGCAAUGUGACCACGCUGCUGGGCCAGAACGUGGGGGACCUGCAGAAGGCCCGCAGCCACCCAACCAUCAGCUCCUGGCUGCGUAGCCUCAACAGGUCAGCCCUGCAGGAGCUGGGACUGGACACCAACCUCAGCAGCCCCACCCCUGCCCUGGCGACCAGUGAACCCUCCUGGGCCACGCACCUAGCACUGCACCUGGCCCACAGCUCAGGCCUGCCAGACAGCAAUGUGGGAGCUCCGGCCUCAGGCAGCCUGCCAGUCCACCAGAGGUACCCGCUGCUUGUGGUGGUCUUGCCCUCCAGCCUCCUGUGGCUGCUGCUGUGCUGGGCACCUCUGAGCUCAGGGGGGACUGAGCAACGGGCAUCAGGGCCCCAGCCACUGCAGGCAUCCCUGUCCCAGAAUGACCAGGCUCAGGAACACCACAAGCAAGAGAAACAAAGCUGCUAG